AGUCCCCGGUCACGCUUCUGCUUCGAUUUUUCUCUGUUUUCACGCAAAUCUGAAUUCUCGCCUGAAAAAAUCACUCCGUUCAUCACUUCUGUCUCAGCAGCUGAAUCUAUAUACAAGGUCCAUUUCACCCCGUAGGGUUUGCAAUCUUCAUGUUUGGAUCAUUUGAACAAUGAUGCUCUCACGUUUAGGACGCUCUGUUGCUAAAUCAUCUUGCUCUAAGGCCAAUCAAGGAUUCGUUUCUGGUGGUUAUGGCUUAAAGACCAAGGCUUUGAGUGAGUUGACGGUUUGUAGUCGGUGCAAUUCAGGCAUUGAUGCUGGAUUAGGGCUUGUGAGAAGCUAUUUGACAUCUAUUGGGGCUGGAAAGGGGACAUUUAACAAAGCUUAUUCAUCAGAUAUUGGCUCUUUUUUCGCAAACCCGAGGCUGCGUAGGCUUUUUUGCAGUCAGGCUCCUAAAAAGAAAAACUAUGAGAACUAUUAUCCGAAGAACAAAAAAGAAGUGCCUAAAUCAAACAACCAAAAAGCAGAAUCUGCAAAAGAGGAUUCUAGUACGGGGCAGCAAGGAAGUUCUCAGGAAAGCUUUUUGAAGCAAUAUCAAAAUUUGAUCACAUCUUUGAUUUUGAUUUUGAUGGGGUUGUCUGUAACAGCAGUUACUCCACAUACUCAGAAUGAGAUUAGCUUUCAAGAGUUCAAAAACAAGCUGCUCGGAGCUGGUGUUGUUGAUCACAUUGUUGUUUCAAAUAAAUCAGUGGCGAAAGUGUAUAUAAAGAUUUCUGCACCCAGCACUAAUCAAAGUGGCAGUGAUGCUGUUUUUAGCCAAGGACCGGAGACCAAUGGUAAAAGAAGUGCCAGCCAAUACAGAUAUUAUUUUAACAUUGGAAGUGUUGAAUCGUUUGAGGAGAAGCUCGAGGAAGCCCAAGAGGCAUUAGGAAUAGAUCCUCAUAAUUAUAUUCCCGUGACUUAUGUUAACGAAUUGAAUUGGCUCCGUGAAAUGAUGAGGUAUGGUCCUACUGUGUUGCUUCUAGUUACCCUUUUCCUUAUGGGACGGAAAAUGCAAGGUGGUAUAAGUGUUGGAGGCCCUGGUGGAAAAGGUAGCCGUGGAAUAUUUAAUAUAGGCAAAGCCCAUUUCACAAAGAUGGACAAGAACUCAAAAAACAAGGUUUUUUUCAAAGAUGUGGCUGGGUGUGAUGAGGCAAAGCAAGAAAUUAUGGAAUUUGUGCACUUCCUGAAGAACCCAAAAAAAUAUGAAGAAUUGGGAGCAAAAAUUCCCAAGGGUGCUCUUCUUGUUGGUCCGCCUGGUACUGGAAAGACACUUCUAGCCAAAGCUACGGCAGGAGAAUCUGGUGUGCCUUUUCUCUCCAUUUCUGGUUCGGAUUUCAUGGAAAUGUUUGUCGGAGUUGGGCCAGCAAGGGUUAGGAGCUUAUUUCAAGAGGCAAGACAAUGUGCCCCUAGUAUAAUUUUCAUCGAUGAAAUCGAUGCAAUUGGCAGAGCUAGAGGACGUGGUGGAUUUUCCGGUGGCCAUGAUGAACGUGAGAGCACAUUAAAUCAGCUUUUGGUGGAGAUGGAUGGGUUUCAGACAACAUCAGGUGUCGUUGUGCUUGCGGGCACAAAUAGGCCUGAUAUUCUUGACAAAGCCUUGUUGAGGCCUGGUCGAUUUGAUCGUCAAAUUUCAAUAGAUAAGCCUGAUAUUAAAGGACGCGAACAAAUAUUCAGAAUAUAUCUGAAAAAGUUGAAACUUGACCAAGAUGCAUCAUAUUACUCGCAGCGGCUUGCUGCUCUGACACCAGGAUUUGCUGGGGCUGACAUAGCAAAUGUUUGCAAUGAAGCUGCUUUAAUUGCGGCAAGGAAUGAGAGCACUCUGAUACUUAUGCAGCAUUUUGAGUCGGCAAUAGAUAGGGUGAUUGGGGGUCUCGAGAAGAAGAACAAGGUUAUAAGCAAACUAGAAAGGAGAACAGUUGCUUACCAUGAAGCUGGACAUGCAGUCUCUGGUUGGUUCUUGGAACAUGCAGAGCCAUUGCUUAAAGUAACAAUUGUUCCCCGUGGUACUGCAGCUCUUGGGUUCGCUCAAUAUGUUCCCAAUGAAAAUCUUUUGAUGACGAAAGAACAACUAUUUGAUAUGACAUGCAUGACCCUUGGUGGUCGAGCAGCCGAGCAGGUUCUGCUUGGGAAGAUAUCUACUGGAGCACAGAAUGAUUUGGAGAAAGUGACCAAGAUGACAUAUGCUCAAGUAGCAAUAUAUGGUUUCAGUGACAAAGUCGGUCUGCUUUCCUUCCCUCCGAAUGACAAUGCAUUUGAAAUGAGCAAGCCUUACAGCAACAAAACUGCUGCGAUCAUCGACAAUGAAGUUCGGGAAUGGAUCUCCAAGGCUUAUAGGCGCACGGUGGAACUCGUGGAGGAGCACAAGGAGCGGGUUGCUCAGAUUGCGGAAUUGCUGCUCGAGAAAGAGGUGUUGCAUCAGGAGGAUUUGGUGCGGGUACUCGGCGAACGCCCAUUCAAGACCCUUGAGCCUACAAACUAUGACCGGUUCAAGGACGGCUUUUUGCAGGACGGAGAGGCCGAACCUAAAGACACGACAGCUGCUGGUGAUGAUGAUAAUGAUAAUAAUAAGGAUGCAAAGGAUGAUGGAUCACCUCUUGAGCCAGAUGUUGUAACUGUAUGACAUUCAUUUCUAUCAUUGAUGAUGAUUUAUAAUAGAGGAGAUCAUAUGUGCAACUUCUGUCAGCAUUUGCCUACACUCUGCCCUCUCACUCUACUUGUGUAAAACAUCCAACCCAGCGUUGUCAUGAAUCACAGGCAAGUUCUUAUGCAUUUGGAGUAAUAUUUUUUUAUUCGUCCUAAUGUUUGAUGACAAAUAAACAUGAAAUAACAAAACAAUUCUUUGACUGAAAUGUUUUGGAAUCUAUUUUACCAUUUUCGUUUCAGCUAAUUAAAUAGUUGUUUCCCUU